ACAAGCUUUUUCUUCCAAAGGUCUAAAAAAAAACAGACAACCUGUUCUCGCAUUGCACUAAGCUGAAACACAAUAGUGUGGAAGUUGGUUUUCUUAUUUUACUGUGGAUUCUUUUGUGGCUUUUCUUACCAGUUGGACAUGAAGUCAUUCCAGGUCCUGUUUCUGCUUCUCCUGACUGCAGCAGCAAGUGAAGGUCAGUCCUUCCAUAUCGGCAGAUGCCCCCAGCCUUCUGUUCAAGAGGACUUCAAUGUUACAAAGUAUAUGGGUACCUGGUAUGAAAUAGAGAGGCUUCCAGCUAUGUUUCAGAAAGGAAAAUGUGCCCAAGCCACAUACAGUCUCCUCCCUGAUGGGACAGUCAGCGUUCACAAUGAAGAGAUUCUCUCUAAUGGCAAGAUAAACUCAAUUGAAGGAGUUGCCACAGUUAAAAACGCAUCUCAACCUGCUAUUCUUGGCGUCAGCUUCUUUAAAGGUGUUCCAGAUGCUCCCUACUGGGUACUCUCCACAGAUCACCAGUCGUAUGCGUUGGUGUACUCCUGCUCCGACUACCUUCGUCUUUUCCACGUCGACUUUGCCUGGAUCCUGGCUCGCACUCGUGAGCUGUCUCAGGACAUUGUUAGCCAGUUACACGAUAAGCUGACUGCUGCUGGUGUAAACGUAAACCGCCUCAUUGUCACCAACCAGACCAGUUGUGAGGGUCUUGAUCAGUAAUCGGAGCUGAUUACCUGCUUAAACUGUUACAGAAACAUGCAUGCAGAUAAUUCUGUUUGUGUUUAAUCUAACAAUGUGUAAAAAAGAGGGUUGUAACCCUGCUCUAAAACAUACACUGUUUUGUUGUCUAUUUUCCUCUAAAUGGGACCAUUAUUUACAAAGUGUGUUCAAAAAAUCUUGAAAAUAGUGAUUGAGACCAUAAAAUCAUUUUCUUGUAGACUUCUAUACAAUCUGACCUUUUUGCCCCAUGCUGGCUGGUAAUCUUUUUUGUCCAGCCGAUGAAUCAAAGUCAAAGUUACACAGCUUUAGUUUGAAGAUUCUAGUGUCAAAUGUUCUGUUCAUUUGUUAAUUUGAAGCAAUGAAUGUAAGCUAAGGACUUUUUUUCUGAAAAACAAUAAUAAAGUCGGCUAAAAUUGUA